GAAGGGUUGGGUUUCUGACCAGUCAGUAGGCGCGGCGCGGAUUUCGGUUUACCGAGCUUGUGUUUGCCGCCUUGGUUCCCGCGACCCCAACGUCCUAGAGGCGGGGCGGAGGCGGCAGCGGCGCUCCUUGGAGCCGACCUCUGUUCCGGCCCAACAAACAGACCCCGCUGGGCGGCGGUGGCGGUAUGUGAAAGAGGUUUGCAGUCGAUAACGUGCCAUUGAAAGGUGUUUUUACUAUGAAAAUUUGUGGACUGAAGCCCUGCAUGUUCGUUCCUGUGUUUCUCACAUCUAAUUCAGAUGGCUUCUUGGCGGUGUUUAGGAGAUGGUUUUCCAGAGGAAGUGACAUUCGAUUUGGAUUGUGAAGGAUGGGGGGGAUUUACCAAGACGUUUCAAGUUAAAGGGACAGCCUGUGCAAAAGACACCCAAACUCGGGGGAUUGAAGAAGAGACAAGUUUAAGAUUCUUGUUCAUUGAAGAAAGAUGGCACUUUAUAUAUUUCCUACAGUUAGUUAUCAAUCUGAAUAUGUUAUCCGUAACAACCAAGUGGUGUAGAAGGGCUUUCAAGUUUAAAGCCUUCAUUCUAUAGAAGACACAUGAAGUCCAGAUGUCUCCAAGAGGGACUUUUUAUCAACCUUACAAGAGCACUUUGAAUAAGAUUUUAUUAUAGUAAAUAAUUUCAGCCUCUGGCUUUGUCUGAAAAAUCUCUUCUGCACCUGCAUUUAUAACUCUCCUCUCUUAUCUUGCUUCAGACGAUUCCUUCUUGCUAAAAUUGAAGUGAAAUGUACAGAGCCUAAAGAAUUCUAAGACCUAAUAAAAGAGUAUAGGAAAUACUGAACUGUAAAGAAAGGACUAGUCCUGUAUUUUGCUUUGAUAAUAUUUAAAUGAAGAUACCCAGCGGGCAAUUAGAAAUACGGUUUUGAAACUUAGAAGAGAGAUGGAAGCUGAAAGUUUGCUAUGUACAGGUGGGUGUGGAAGCAACGGCAGUGGAAAAGAAGUACCCAGAGAGGGCAUGUGCAGCCAAACAAAGACCACUGAUCUUUCACGGGAACAAGAUACUGAGCAUUUGAUAUUGAAUACAUCAUUCACCAACUAUCAUGGAGCCUAGAUAUCCUCUUACAGGGCCCCAGAUGAAUACCAGGUUUCCUACAAGCAGAAUGGUACCUUUCUACUUUCCUCCAUCAAAAUGUGCACUUUGGAACCCGAUGCCAAUAGGAGAUUUCAUCUAUUUACACCUCAAUUACUACAGAAAUCCAAAGCUUGUGGUAACUGAAAAGACCAUCCGACUUGCUUAUCGUCAUGCUAAGCAGAAUAAAAAAAACCUGCCAUGCUUUUUACUUGGUUCUCUCAUAGUAGAUGAAGAUGAAGAAAGUGUGACAUUGACAGUAGAUCGUUUUGAUCCUGGUCGAGAAGUACCUGAAUGUUUAGAAAGAACCCCUACUGCUGCUCUUCCUGGGGACUUUGUGAUUCCUUGCAAAAUUUAUACUCAUGGACUUUGUUCAAAAGAAGUAAUAGUUCAUGAUGCAGAUGACUUCAGUUCAGCUUUUAAGGCUCUGCAGCACCAUGUAUGUAGCAAAGAUUCCUUGGAUUGUGGUAAACUGCUUUCCCUAAGAGCUCAUAUCACUUCCAGGGAAAGUUUGGACAAUGUGGAUUUGGACUUGCAUUGGGCAGCAGUAACUCUAGCGCAUACUUUUAAAUGCACACCUGUGAAGCCCAUCCCCAUUAUUCCAACAGCCCUGGCAAGAAACUUGAGCAGUAAUCUGAAUAUUUCUCAAGUUCAAGGUACCUAUAAAUAUGGAUAUCUUACCAUGGAUGAAACACGCAAAUUAUUACUUUUGCUGGAAUCAGAUCCCAAGAUUUGCUCUCUACCAUUAGUGGGAAUUUGGCUGUCUGGAAUUAUACAUAUUUAUAGUCCUCAGGUGUGGGCUUGCUGCUUACGAUACAUGUUCAGUUCUUCUAUUCAAGAAAGGGUUUUUUCAGAAUCUGGAAAUUUCAUUAUAGUUCUCUAUUCUGUGACACAUAAGGAUCCUGAGUUUUAUGAAUGCCUCCCCUGUGAUGGCAGGUCAUCUGACCUUCAGUUCCAGCUACUAACCAGCAAGGAAACAUUACAUCUUUUCAAAAAUGUUGAACCUUCUGAUAAAAAGUCAAUCCAUUUUGAACUGACUGCUGAAAGCCAAAAUGCAGAAACAGAGUUUUUCAACAAAGUUUCCAAGAAUCUUUCAAUUAAAAGGUCUUCCCAAAAGUUAUCUCCAGGGAAAAUGCCAAUAAAUGAUCAUGACUCUGGUGUUGAAGAUGAAGAUUUUUCUCCAAGACCAAUUCCUAGUCCUCAUCCUGUGAGUCAGAAGGUUUCUAAGAUCCAACCAUCAGUUCCUGAACUUUCGCUUGUGUUGGAUGGCAAUUUCUUAGAAUCAAAUCCUCUUCCUAAGCCAUUGGAAAUGGUGAAUAAUGAAAACCCUUCUUUGUUGAUUAACCACUCUGAACACUUGGAUCCAUUGCAACCCCAGCUUUACGAUGACGAACACAGCCUAGAAGCUAAAGCUGGAGAGCCUUCCUUGAGAGGGUUACCAAAUCAGUUAACCCAGAGCACUGUUCCUUUAAGACAUGGCAAAGUAAGACAAUCAUCUACCUGUAAAAAAGGGAACCCCCAUAACAGGAACAGUGGUAAACCAUCUUCUCUUAAUGGGCCGUCUCCUGAUACAAAUUUACACAAAGAAGAAUAUCGUAUAGGAUCCUCCACAUGUAAUUCCAAGCAGUCUUCUCUUGCCUCACAGUCCCACCCACACAAUUUUGUUUUUUCAUCCUGUAAUUCAGGAAGACCAAUGGAACUUCAGAUACCUACUCCACCACCACCAUCUUACUAUUCUACAAAUGUCUGCAGUUGUUGUCAGCAUCAUGGCCAUAUUCAGUAUAGUCCAGUAAAUUCUUGGCAAGGAAUGAAUACAGUAGGGUCCAUUCAAGACCUCCAGUCUGAAGCCCUUCACAAACAUUCGUUAUUUCACCCAGGUGGAUGUCCAGCUCUGUAUUCUAAUGCAUUCUGUGCUUCAAGUAGUCCUAUAGCCUUGAGACCCCAGGGAAGCACGGGUGGUUGCCCUCCCCACAGCACUGUAGAACCAUCGCCUGUGGCAAGACUGCCUUCACACGUGGACGCAUGUAACUCACGGCCCUGUGCAGUGUGCACACACACACCCAAGACCGGGCCAGAUAAUGGAAUGAUGGGACUGUCUCCGGAUGCAUAUAGGUUCCUCACAGAACAGGACAGACAGCUGAGACUGCUUCAGGCACAGAUUCAGCGUUUAUUGGAGGCACAGUCUCUGCAGCCCUGUUCCCCUAAGACAACCUCUGUUGAAAACACGGCACAAGCAGCAAGACAGAUGGAGCUGGUUUCCAUGGAAGCACAGUCUUCUCCUGGCUUGCACAUGAGAAAAAGUGUGAGCAUUGCUGUGAGCACAGGUGCCAGCUUGUUUUGGAAUGCAGCAGGCGAUGGUCAAGAGCCUGAAUCUCAGCUGAGGCAAGAUGAUACAAAGAUUUCCAGUGAGGACAUGAAUUUUUCUGUUGAUAUUAAUAAUGGAGUCACAAGUCCUCCAGGUAGUGCAUCUUCAUUAAAAGCAGUUGAUAUUCCCAGCUUUGAAGAGAGCAACAUUGCUGCGGAAGAAGAAUUUAAUCAGCCACUUUCUGUAUCCAACAGCUCUUCUCCAGGUGUGAGAAAAGAACCUGAUGUGCCCGUGUUCCUUGCAAAUUCUGUGCCAGCAGAGAGUAUAAGCAUGUGCUUACAGAGUGGACCAACAGAGGGUGCUAGUAACAACCCUGUAACAUCAGGUGAACCCAAAACUGAGCAAGCAAUACAACCCUUGCCUCCUCAACCAUCAGACAGGCAGAAAAUAUACCAGGAUUUAUUGAGUCAAGUGAACCACCUACUGAAUAGCUCCUCCAAAGAAACUGAGCAGCCGUCCACCAAAGCAGUAAUUAUCAGCCAUGAAUGUACCAGAACACAAAAUGUUUACCAUACAAAGAAAAAAAAACGUGAUUCAGGGCCAGCAGACAAAGAUUGUGUUCUUAAUGCAACCCUUAAACAACUAAGAAACCUUGGAGUAAAAAUUGAUUCUCCCACUAAAGUGAAUAAAAAUGCACAUAAAGUGGAUCAUGCCAGUGUGUUGGCAUGCAUCAGCCCCGAAGCAGUGAUUUCUGGAUUAAACUACAUGUCAUUUGCUAAUGUUGGUAUGAGUGGCUUAAGCCCCAACGGCGUGGAUUUGAGCAUGGAGGCGAAUGCUAUAGCUCUGAAAUAUUUAAAUGAAAAUCAGCUGUCACAACUAUCCCUCAGUCGAUCAAACCAAAAUAACUGUGACUCAUCUUUUAGUCUUCUACACAUUAAUACAGACAGAAGCACAGUGGGGCUUAGUUUAAUUUCACCAAACAACAUGUCAUUUGCAACCAAAAAAUAUAUGAAGAGAUACGGACUCAUUCAAAGCAGUGACAACAGUGAAGAUGAAGAGGAGCCUCCAAACCAUACAGAGGGCAAGAGUGAACAUUUACUGAAUCAAAACCUUACAUCCACACCUGAGCAACUAGACUGUCAGAAAGAGCCCUCUAGGAACACCUGUGAAAUAAUUAAUUGUCACAACUGUGAACCCGUGAGCACCCACACAGAUAUGCCAGUACUGAGAAAUAUUACAAAUGAAGUUGUGCGGCCAAAAGCAAUGCAGCAAUUGAAUGAAAACCCAGCUUUCUUAUUAAAAAACUUUAAACCAAGUCCUGCAGUGAACCUCCGAACUGGAAAAGCAGAGUUUACCCAACAUCCUGAGAAAGAAAAUGAAAGGGACUCUCCAAUUCUUCCUGAAAGUUUAAAACCUGAAACUUUAAAGCAGAUGAACAGUAUGAAUUCAGUAGGCACCUUCUUAGAUGUAAAGCGGCUCAGACAGUUGCCAAAACUAUUUUGAACCUUAAACUCACCACCCUCCUGAUGUGAGGAUGGGGUGUCUCCCAAAGAGACUUAGGGAAGCCAGAGCCGCUUGGUGGUUUGGGGAUCCCUAAGCAUUCUCAGGGCCGCUCUGUUUCUUGGCAGCAGCUGAUGGCAAAGAGCCGAACAAGCAACCUGAUGGUCUGGGAGAUGGCUGACUGGUGGGAGGUGAGGUUCUCUGUUCAAAUAGAGCCGUUCAGCAUCACUGCGACUUUUUAAAAAAAAUCCCGAGACCAGUCAUUUAAACAAAUUUACGUAUACGGGUAGUAUCCAGCUCUAAAUCUGAACUGUUCUUUGUGAAAAGUAAGUCCAUUUUCCUAGCAUGUUGCAUCUCUGCGUCUACCCACUAUCACCUAAAAGAACAUGAGAUAGACUUAUCAUGACCCUCACUAAAUUAACUAAACCCACCCUUAUUGAAUUUAAGGGGAAAGUUUUAUUUUUAAAAAUAACUUGAAGAUCUUUUACACAACAAGUAUAUAUGUCCUCUUAAUUAGGAUGCAUAUUUGUCGAAUUCUGUGGAAGUAAAACUCUUGCAGUCUGGUAGGUUGAUGUUAUGUAACAUUUUCAACAUUAUAGCACUAGCUAUCACAAAAUAAGAAAAUUACUGAGUAUGAGUGUGUUUUACAGACUUUGAGUAUUUCACGUGUUUUAAUAUUUUUUAGUAGAACUUAAUAAAAAUGUUCAGAUUUACUGUU